GACGGAAGUGGGGUAUGAAUUGUUUUUGCAGCGCGUUGUCUCCCAGGAAGGCAGUCAGAGCUCUGCCAAUUCUCCAGAUGGGAUUUCUGUUGGGCUUAUUGCCCUGUAGGAUUCUUCCGUGCAUAGUAGAUGCCGCCGCUACGCGUGGCGAUCUUGCUUGUGGAGUUUCAAGGUGUGGCGGCGGGCAAUGUCUGCAAGUAGGUCAUGAACGCUCAAGCUUUAGGCUGGCUUGGCGAAUCCUGACGCUGCCACGGAUUUAGCUGGGCUUGUUUCUUCAGGAGCGCAGGUUGGUUAGCUUCACAUCCGCUGAAAGUCUAGCACAGCUUCACUGCGUCCUACUAUCCUCCUCGUCCUCCUCCAUCCAGGGUAGACCCGCGUGCCAGUUUGGUAUUUCCGUGUAUCGAACACCUGAGCUUCAGAUGGCGCGCUGCUUCGCCAGCGCCGCGCUUCUGUUGCUGCUGGCGCUCCCCGGGCAGGCUGUCACUGUCAGCAAGGAGGGCAAGGAGGGCACCGAAGCCGCGGUCGACGAGAGCUCCGAGAGGCCGCCGAAGCCCCUCAGCACCGCGCCGCAGCCGCUGGCGCCGUUCGGCGAGCCCGUCGUCGGGCAGGCCAGGAAUUCCGAGGCGGGCGACCGGGACAAGGCGCGGACCCCGUCGCUGCUGACGAUGAACGUGGACGACCAGCGGGUGCACAUGUGGGACUCGGCCCACUCGUACGUCAAGGGCGGCCCGCCUCUCAACAAGAACGGCGACACGUUCGACAUCCACCUGAAGUCGCAGAUCUGAGGGGCGCGGCCGGCAGGGACCUUCUGCACGCGGCUUGGUGGCGGUGGUGCUGCUCCUCCUGCGUGCUCGCGCUCCUCCUUGAAAGAGCAGGAGGCGCAGGAGGAGCAACAGACGCCGUGCGCCAUUCCUUACGCGGUUCCGCCGAACUAUUCUGUGUGCGUUUCUGGUCAAUCCGUCCAUGCGCUGGCCGUGGAGGUCGGCAACAAUAUCACCACCUCCAUGUUUCCAUGUUUUUAUAUACACAUAGAUUUCGACAUUUUGCUUACUAUGUAAAUGGCUUGCAAGUGUGCUCCUUUUCAUAAUAGGGCGUCCGCUGUAACGGCAGGCC